AGUCGCCUUGUUCACCGAGACGGACAGUUGAACAACUGAACCCCGCCAUGAAUUUUCCCGUAGCUUAAACAGACUCGACGUCAUUCCGUACUUAAGGAGUUGCUCAGAUGGCCAGCACAGACAAGGAAGCAGCGACGAGGGACGUCACACCUUCUAAUCCUCGUGGGAUUCCAUACGCGCCGUUUGUCGACAAAGUCGAGGACUAUGUCUCGUCACGGGCUGACGUCGAGCCGACAUUACGCCGGUUUCAAGAAAUGAUUGCGAAAUACCAGUUCAUGGAGCAGAACCUGCAACGGAGGGUGUUAGGGCUGAAGGAUAAGAUGCCCGAUAUCCGGAAGACCCUGGAGACCGUGCGCUUCUUAAAGACGAGGACGGGCGAGUCGGAACCAAUCGAGACGACCUUUGAGCUGAAUGAUACCCUUUAUGCGAAAGCGCAGAUACCGCCGACCGACGAGGUCUAUUUGUGGCUUGGGGCUAAUGUCAUGCUGGCAUAUCCAAUCGACGAGGCGGAGGCGCUCCUCGACUCCAAGCUGCAAGCAGCGAAACAAAGCUUGUCAAACUGUGAAGAGGAUCUGGACUUCCUGCGAGAGCAGAUAACGACCAUGGAAGUGGCAGUCGCUAGGGUAUAUAAUUGGGAUGUCGUCCAAAAGCGGAAAGAGAAGGAGGAAGAAGAGAAGCAACAAGGUAAAAGGGAUGAGAGCGCCUCUGGAAGCUGAGCUUCAAUACUUUUAGAUGCGUCUAUCCUGGGACUACCCUGUAUACUUCUUGGGGCCGCCAUCGAUGCAUAUCCUUCGUCCGGGCCAUGCUCGCCAUCAAAUCACGCCCACCUCACGAGCAGCUACCGAAGUAGCUGCUCCACGCCUCCCUCAUCUUCGCGAGUCCAUCCUAUUCAAGAGUAUUGAGGUCUUUCGAUCCGAGGGCCCCUAUUGUACGGAAGUGGAGGGUCGAAGUCGACGAAGCGGUGGACCAUGCGCGGGCGCUGAUACCAGC